AUGAAGGCAAACAUCGGCCGCACCGCCACCUUCACCUGGUCGCCCUCGGCGCUCGAGACGGAUAGCCCCCUGAUCGCCACCGGCACCGUCGCAGGCGCCCUCGACGAGAGCUUCAGCAACGAGAGCGUUCUCGAGCUCUGGCAGCCCGGCUACUCCUCCUCGCCAUCCGACCAGUCCGACGCCAAGCCCCUCGGCAGCGUCGCUACCAGCGCCCGCUUCAACCGCCUUGCCUGGGGCUACGUCAACCCGUCCCGACCAAAAGGCCUACUAGCUGCCGGCCUCGAGAAUGGCGAGCUCGCAAUCUGGGAUGCCGACAAGGUCCUCGCUGGCUCGAGUCCUGAAGACUCGCAAGUCAUGAAGAAUAACACGCACUCGGGUCCGGUCCGCGGUCUCGAUUUCAAUGGACUCCAGCCAAACCUCCUGUCGAGCGGUGCCGUCAAUGGCGAGAUCUUCAUCUGGGACCUCAACUCGCCCGGAAAGCCGUACUCGCCGGGCGCUCGCUCGCAAAAGCUCGACGAGAUCACCUCGCUCGCGUGGAACGCCCAGGUGCCCCACGUCCUGGCCACGUCGUCGUCGAGCGGGUAUACCGUGGUCUGGGACCUGAAAGGCAAGCGCGAGGUCGUCGCUCUUCAAUACGGCGGAGGCGCUGGCACCGCGGGCGGCAACCUCGGCGGCAUGAACGGCGGCGUCGGUGGCGCGCUGGCAGCCGGAGGCCGACGCGGCAUGAGCGCCGUCGCAUGGCACCCUGACACGCCGACGCGCCUCGUCACUGCGAGCGAGGACGAUACCAGCCCCGUCAUCAUGCUCUGGGACCUGCGAAACUCUCGCGCUCCCGAGAAGAUCAUGACUGGGCACGACAAGGGUGUGCUGUCGCUCUCGUGGUGCAAGCAGGACGCCGACCUGCUCCUCUCCUGCGGCAAGGACAACCGCGCCAUCUGCUGGAAUCCGCAGACGUGCGAGAUCGUCGGCGAGCUCCCUUCAAGCUCCAACUGGUCGUUCGAGGUCCAGUGGUGCCCGCGUAACCCGGGCAUGCUGGCCACCGCCAGCUUCGACGGACGCAUCGGGGUCCACUCCCUGCAGAGCACCAACGCUCCGGAAGGCGAUCCGGUCGCGGCAGCUCCCGUCGCAGAGGGCUCCGACUUCUUCAACAUGCCCGCCCAGACCGAUGCGCCCUCCAAGGGCCUGUCGCUCAAGCAGCCGCCCAAGUGGCUGCGUCGGCCCGUCUCGGCCACCUUCGGUUUCGGCGGCCAACUGGUCUCGACGAGCAACUUGCCCGGGGCUACCGGCAAGACGCAGAGCAGCACCAUCCACCUCCGCGACGUCGUCACCGAGCCCUCAAUCGUCCAGAGGGCCACCAGGCUGCAGCAGGCUCUCGACUCGCAGACCUUGGCCGACUUCUGUCAAGAGCGUAGCAAGGACUCAACCGCCCGCCACGACAUCGCCAACUGGAAGGCGCUCCAGACGCUGUUCCGAGCCGACUCGCGAGACGAGCUCGUCGCGCUCCUCGGCUUCUCGAAGGAGGACGUCGCCGCCAAGGUCUCUGGUGCCAUCGAGGCCUUCAAGUCGACCGACCUCGCCUCAACGGCUCCUUCCGCUACAGCUGCCACCGAGGCGACCGCCGCUGUCGACACUGCAUCUGGUGCGGCCAGCGAGGAAGCCACUCCCGCACCGAACGGGGAUGCCUCGGCUGACUCGGUUGCUGGACAAGGCGAGAGCGAUGCCCCUCAGGACCAGGAAGCCAGCCUCUUCGGCGAAGAAGGCGCUGCCGCCAACAGUACCCCCGCCAACGCCUCCGCCGCCGACUUUUUCGACCAAAUCGGCGAUGGCGAGGCGGAUGCUCCACUUGCCGACCCCUCUUCUGCAGAGACCGGAUCCGCUGCCGGGGCCAAGGCGUCGCCCUUCCGCAUCUAUCCUGCCGAGGAGUCGACGGCGGACAAGCUCAUUACCCGAGCCCUCGUCCUUGGUGACUUCGAGAGCGCCGUCUCGCUGUGCAUUUCGUCGGACCGCUUCGCCGACGCCCUCCUGCUCGCCGUCCGCGGCGGUCAAGACCUGCUCGAGCGGACGCAGAAGGCCUACUUCGAGAAGCGGACCGCCCAGCUGCCCUAUCUGCGGCUUUUCCAGAGCAUUGUGUCCAACGAUCUGUCGGAUGUCGUGCAGAACGCGGAGCUCGCCGAGUGGCAAGAGAUCUUCGUGGUGCUCUGCACCUUUGCCAAGCAGGACGAGUUCAGCAACCUGGCCGAACAGCUCGGACAGCGCCUCGAGGCCAAGUACAUCUCUACACAAGGCAGCGACCCGAGCGCGUCAAAGGAGCACCGCAGGGACGCCGUGCUCUGCUACCUGGCAGCUGGCAAGCUGGAGAAGGUGGCCGGAAUGUGGAUCGACGAGAUGCGCGAGGAGGAGCUCGCCCUCCGCAACGGCGCCAGGGACGAUUCCGCGGAGCAGGGCACCUUGUAUUCGGCCCACGCCGAGGCCCUCCAGACGUUCAUGGAGAAGAUCACUGUCUUCCAGAAUGCGGUCGGGUACGUCGAUGUCGACUUGCAGCAAACGGUGUCCGGCGUCGAUGCCGGCCGCAAUUACAAGCUCGGCGCUCUCUACGACAAGAUCCACGAGUACAUCGAGCUGCUGGCGGACCAGGGUCUCAUCUCGUCCGCGCUCAAGUUCGUCGACCAGACCCCUGUCGACUAUCGUCCCAAGAGCAGCGCCCUGCCCGGGCUCGCGGGGCCUUCGACGGCCGUGGGCCUGACUGCCGGCGCCAUCAAGCAGCGGCUCUUGCAGGCCGAGGCCGCCCGGCCCCGGGCUGACUUCGGCGCCCAUGCGAGCGAUGCGUACACAACCGCGGCUCCUGGUGCUACCUCUGCUACCGCUGCUUCGACCAACGGCUACAGCUACGACCAGUACUCAGCUGCUUCAACCGCCAAUGCCGGGUCGGCCGCAGUCCCCCCGGUGCCUUCGGUGCCUUCGGUGCCCAUGGUGCCCGCGGUGCCCUCGUACGCGGGCCAGGAUUCCUACGCCGCUGCUCCUGCCUCGCAGCCUGCGGCGGCCCAGCCUCAGACACAGAGCCGGUAUGCCCCUUCGGUUCCGACGCCCGCGGCAGGCCCCGGCUUCGGUCUGCCCAAUGCCCAGGACUACGCCUACAGCCCCUACUCGGCUCCAAGUCAGGCGUACGGUGCGACGGAUCCGGCUGCUGUGCCUCCACCGCCCAUGGGCAUGUCUUACCAGUCGAAGCAGCAGGCGCUCCCACCGCCCCCGCCGGUCAAGCGCGACAACAGCGGCUGGAACGAUGUCCCUCUGGCGGCCACCGCGCCCAUCCGCACGCCGAGCGCGAUGGGUCAGAAGGCCAAGGCGAUCACCUCGCCUUUCCCCAACUCCCCCGCCUCCACGCCCGCUCCCUACGGCGCCGCCCCACCGCAGGGUCCCCCUCGCGGGUCGACGCCUUCACGCGGACUCAUGAGCCCGCCUCCCCCCGGCGUCGGUCAGCAGUAUGGCGCUCGCCCUGGCGGCGUCCAGAGCCCCCCUGGAUUCCGACCCCCUCCCGGCGCAGCUGGUGUCCCGCCUCCGCCGCGACCCGGCCAGGCCGGACCUCCGCCGCCCGGCCCGUAUGGACAACCUCAACAGCACCACCACCAGCAGCAUCAGCAGAUGCCUCCUCCCGGCGUCCCAGGUCACGGCGGUCCUGCAGCUGGACCCUACGGCCGACCUCCGUCCGCGAUGGGGUCGUACGGUCCACCCGGCGGUGCAGCGCCGUCCGGCGCGCCUCGACCGCCGCCCGGAGGACCCGGUAUGGGCAUGCCGGGCCAGCCUGGAGUGCCGGGCAUGGCACCGCCUCCCGGAGGUGCGCCGAUGCGAGCUGUGACGCCCGGAGCCGGAGCUGGUGCUCCCCCGCGAAGCGCAACGCCUGGCGCCAAGGCCACGCCCGCCCUCAAGUAUCCCGCCGGCGAUCGAUCGCACAUUCCCGACAACCAGAAGCCCAUUCUGCAGACCCUGAGCCAGGAGCUUGGGCGCCUGAAGGCGAUGUCGCCGCCGAACCAGAAGCGCAUGGUCGACGAUACCGAGAGGAGGAUCAACCUGCUGCUCGACCACCUCAACUGCGGCACGAUCGACGCCAAACUGAUCCAGGGGCUCCUGCAGCUCGUCGGAGCCAUCAACGCGCGAAACCAGCAAGCUGCACUCAACAUCCACCUGCAGCUCGUCACGAGCGCCACGGGCGACAUCACUGCUGGCCUGGUCGGCGUCAAGAUGCUGAUUUCGAGGAUGGGCGCGUGA